UAAAUUUUUUUGUGGCAUGCAUCGUCGGCAGAAAACACUUUUACUUCCUAUAAUACGUGCGGAGUUGCGUCAACUAGGAUUAUAAAUCAAAUUUAAAUAGGCUUUUUUCGUUUUUGGUUUGUGUGGUGUAAACAUUUAGUCGCGUCCAUUUUGAUGCACUUAUGUCAUAUACUGUGCCUGUACAUUAUGAACGAAGAAAACGAAAGCCGAAGUAAAAAAUCUCUUCCUGCACUGAGUACAGCUGCUAAAUUGAAAAAACUGACAAUUGACCGAUUUGUUUUGGCACACUUCUUCCUGUUAUUCUUCGUCAGCUUUGUUAUUGGAGUUUUAUUUUUGCAUUCUACGAUAACAAUAUGGGAAUUCCAGACUAACGAGGAGGCACUGUUAAGUACAUUGGAAUCUGCUACCCAUAAUUUCGAUUGGAGUCGUGUGAAGGCAAACACGAAUACUUUAUCGGUUACUUUAUCCAAGAAUGAGACAUUCAACAUGGCAGUGAGAUGAAGUUUGAGAAGUGUGUACAAUGUAUUAUUUAUAUUUUUUAAACAAUAUUUUGUUGCAGCUCUUUACACCAUCUUAGUCAACCAUUUAUAGAACAUUUUGCCUAAUCUUUAUUCAGUACAUACUUAAUAAAUCUCCUUAGGUUUUUUUGUAUGUUUUAUUUCAGGGUGACCACGCCAAAAAUCUGAAAAAUCUAAAAUUUAAAUCAAAAUUAUUGAUUCCUUCUAGAGUCUCCUGAAAUUUUGUGUCAUUUACAUGUCAUUUUUUGAGACAUUUAUUUUAUGCAUUUCAUGGAGUGAUUUUUCAUUGUCACGUUUUGAAAAUAGUUAACUAGUAUGUAGCCUAGGAUAGGCUUGAUCUCUCGUAACUGAUCAUUUCCCCAAAGUUCUAAAAUAUGGAAUAGUUUUUAUACGUUUUUUAAUACUUAAAUGGUGACCCCAAAACUUCCUAAAGUCGUCUAAAAUAUCCUAAAAAUUGUGAAUUUUUACAUCAAUGGCCACCCUGAAUUUGCUUGUUUUUGUUCUUAUUGUUUGACAUGGAAAUGAAAUAGUUUCUGUCCACAGGGACACUGUUAAAUUUCGCAUGUUGCGCAUUGAUGUCUAUAUUAGAAAUGAUUUUUUGCUUUAAAAACUUGUGCUUUAGCUUCUUGCAUAUUAAAGUUUUUUUAACAUUUCUAUAACCAAGCGUCAGUCUUAAUGUCGUAUUUCAUCUAGGCAUCUAUUCUUGAGUAAGUGCCCAGCUUCAAAUAGGCACCCGAUUUGCGUGCUCAAAACUUUCAGCCGAGCUUAUAGUGCUCAGAUUCUUUCAAAAACAUUUUGCUCGUCGAUUAGAAAAGCCUCAAAUAACUCGUUCCUUUCCUCGUUUAAAUAACCAGCGAAAUAUUUAUGUGUGUGUCUUGAAAAGGCUGCAAUGCAAGGCCUAAAUACACUUAAUGUCAUGACCUAAACGUUUUUUUAUAUAAACAGGUCGGUGUUGGUUGAAAUUAUUAUUUAUAAA